AUGUCGGUGGGAGCGUCAAGCUCGUGGUCAAGAGCAAUGCUUCAGAUCUCACCUUACACCUUCUCUGCCAUCGGAAUCGCCAUUACCAUAGGCGUCUCCGUUCUCGGCGCUGCUUGGGGGAUUUACAUUACAGGAAGUAGUUUGAUCGGUGCUGCAAUCAAAGCUCCACGUAUCACUUCUAAGAACCUCAUUAGGAGUGAUUCCGAGCCAAAAUUACUAUUCACACUACUGUUUACAGCCCCAUUACUGUUCACGAGUACUAUUCACAGCCCCUAAACAAUCUCUAUUUUUAUUUUACAAAGUUGUCUUACAUCAGUUUGGUAUCAGAGUCAAAAAAUCCUAUGUUAUGCUGCUUAAAUAUUGAUAUAUGAUGAUGGAGAUCCAAGAUUUUGAUGGAAGGGAUGAUUCUACAAUAUUCUCUAGUUGGCUUGUUUUUAUGGAGAACUAUUUUGUUAGGUAUAAUUUCUCAGAUGAGAUGAGUGUAAGGCUUGCCAAGAUGAAACUUGUAGGCUUGACAAAAAUUUGGUGGUUUGGUGUUGAAGGAGAUAUAAGAAGAUUGGGACAACCUCCUAUAAACACUUGGCAAAAGAUGAAAGCUAAGUUUCAAUAGAGGUAUAUGCCCUCAAACUAUAGUAGCAAGUUGUGCAAAUAACUUAUUAAUCUACAACAAUGUAACCUUUCUGUUACAGAGUAUAUUCAAAGAUUUGAAGACCUAAUUUUGAAAAACCAUAUCGUAGAAUAACCUUGCCAAACAAUUGCUCGAUUCAAGGCUAGUUUAAGAGCAAAUAUAAAGGCAAAAAUACUUGGGCAGCUACUAUACAACGUAGAGCAUGCAUUCCAAGUGGCACUUGGUACGGAGAUGUACCUAAAUUUUCUUUACCAAGUAAGUACAUCAAGGGUUUCUUCUUCGCAAAAGGGUAAAAUUCAAUGUUAUUUAGAUUCUAAUGUGUAACUAGAGAAAAUUCAUCAAAAGUAGCCCAAAGCAACAACUGAUCGAAUAAUUCAAGAUGAAGGAAAUCAAAUAGAAGAAUCAACACAAUUCCAAGCAACUACGCUACUUACUUGUCGAAAGGCUAAGGUAAAAAGUGAAUAUCUAGACAAUUUUUUUGUUGUGGAGCCUGACAAGAUGGAAAGUCUAGCAACUAGUAUUGAAUUAAAUGAACCUUUAGAGAUGAGUAUGUUACUACCUAAGAGCUCUAAAGUAGUGCUAAAAGUGUUGCCCGGUGAAAUUGUUUCCUUUAAUGACUUUCAACCAACAACAAUGAUGUUCCAAGAGCUUGAUUUGUUUGCAUCUUUCAAGGAUCUACAUGAAAAGUCACCAAUGCUUCUUUCUAUCCACUUUGCUCCACCAAUUGAUUUUAUCAUUCCAGAAAAUUUCAACGACACUGUUAAGAAUAGUAGGAUAGUAUGUGUAAAUUGUU